AUAAAAUGCAUCAUGCUAUUUUCUAAUAUUGAAAAUUUUUACUGGAUGCAGUUUUGUUUUAGAUUUGGUGUCGAGUUGUUGACUAUUUCCGCAUUCUGUGUUGACUUCACUCUUGUAAGUUUUCCAAUUUUGGUUUUUUUUUCAAUAGUGGUGAAAUCAUAGAAAUUGUCAAUUUAUUGGUAGAGCGACAGUUCCAUUAAUUUGAUUUAACGUACAAAGUUAAAAUAAAUUCAAAUCAAAAGAAUUAAUUUCAUUUUUAAAGGAUUAAUUUUGAACAAAAAUUGCAUAUUAUACUAUCUCACUAUGGAUUCACGAGUACUUCAAGUUAAUCCAAUCGAUUACUCUACAAAACCAAAGAAUACCUUAUCACCUGGAUCUGCAAUGAUGGAACAAGUUUAUCAAGAGUAUCCAUCUACUUCUUCACGUUAUACGAAUUCAGCAUCAGUUAUCUAUGAAGUUGAAUCUAGCGAUGAUGAUGAUGAAUUACCGUCGACGUCGUCGUCAUCGUCUGCACUGUCACAUUCUCAAUUCUCAAAUGCUAUGCUUGAUCCAUUAAAAUUAAAUAAAAACCCUUAUAUAGCACCCAUGAUCCCUCCUCCAAUGUGGUGGUGGAGAGUUGAUGAGCCUUCUACUCGUAGUUCCGAAAUCUACCAAGGAAAAAUCGUUUACAUUCAAAGCAAUCCCAAUGAACCUAACCAAAUUCACGAGGGAGACAUUGUUAUUGAAAAAUUUCCUCAUCCACAGACACAUAAAAUUGACACUUCAGCUACUACAUACUAUGAGCAGCAAUUUCCAUGGGAAACUCAUAAAAAAAUGGUAAAAGUGGAAAAAUUACUGAUUGACAAUACCGAAUUACCAAAGGUAGUAAAGAGUGCAAUAUUUGAUUCCAAUAUCUAUCCCAGAGAAUUCCAACGAACGAUAAACCACAAUCAAGUAAAUUUUCGUAGUACUGUAGAAAUUUAUGGUAGAUUUGCGCACACAUCAAUCGUUUGCUAUCGACCUAAUCCAGAAAUGUAUCCAGACAAUAUUAUUUACUAUAGGCGUGAAGUGAAAAUGAAAAAAUCUUGCAUAAUUGAAAAACAUAGUCAAUUCUAUAAGAAGAAAUCUAAAUUGGCGUGUGCAAAUUUUUGCACUACAGUAAAACUUUCGAAUAAAUUAUUGUUGCCAGCUGAAAGACGUCGUUUGAGGCGUUUAAUUCGUAAUGGAAAUCAGGCAUCCGGAAAGAGUCAAUUUUUCGAGAACUUAAUAAUCAAAAAUUUUUGAACAAUUUAAGUGACUUUUCUUAUAUUAAAUAAAUUACAGUUUUUAUAUAAUCAUAUAUUUUAUUCAAUUUUUUAUUUUAUUAAAAAUAUUAUAUCACUAUAUAUUAACAUCAAUAAAAAUUAAUUAAUGAUUCUUUAACAGAGUAGGUAUUAUGUACCUACAUAACAAUUAUCUUGUAGUUAAUGUGACGGGAAUUAUUGCACAUGUUUGCUCUUUGUUUAAUAUAUUUAAAUAAAUACUAAUAUAAUAAAUGA